AUGGUGUGGGCAUCACGAUGUGCACAGUGGAUCCAUCGCUGCCAGCCCGUCAGGAGACUGCCGGGUACGUUGAUGGAGCGCAGAUGCCUUCAGGAAGCUUUCCGAAUCACACCCAAAGAGGCAUGGCCAUCUACCACGGCACGGAGGGCUUUCAGCGCCACACCCGGGCCACAAGACAUAGGCCCAACCUCUGGGCAACCAGGGCCACCUCCUGUGCACCCGUUCUUCAUGGAAGCUCUCAGAGGCAUGGGCCAGGUGGUCUUCUGCCACCCGACGCAGAAGAGCGCGGUCUCCGGCGGCUUCCUCGCAGCUCGGAAGGGCUACGAGAGCGGGAGAAUAGAGAGGCCUUCUGCACGCCUUCCUCUUACCUGGCUGAAGCUAAGCAGCCCCUCGCGUCGGCUGGUGCAUGUCCAGCCGCUGAGGUUGGGCGUCCUGGCACUCGCAGGAGUCACCUCUGCCACCCUCACAGCACGUGCUGCCUCACUGGACCCCCAGGCGAUUUCUGAUGGCCUGAUGGGAUACAACGGCGCACUAGUCGGCUGCGCGCUCUCCGUCUUCCAGCCCGGUGUUCCCCUGUGGACUGCGCUUGCCGCAACUAUCGGGUGCACGCCUCAGCUCGCCACCUCCUUGGCGAUGGCGGCGCUCACGGCCGCAGGGGCUGCAGCAACGGUGCCGCUCGCAGCGAAGCUUGGCCCGUUGCUUGCCCCGGUACCCCAGUACACCAUUGCCUUCAAUGCAGUCGUCUUGGCGGUUGGGUGCUCAGUGUUCCGCCUGCCUCUGACCAUGCAGUUCCGACUGCCUGGCUUCGUGAUUUUCUGCUAUAGCCCGGCAGCUGCUGCAGUCACUUUCGCCGGAUCUUUCCUGGGCAGCCUCACGGCAGUGCUGUUGCGGCAGGAUGUCGAUGAGGUGAUGGACGGGCUCUGGGGCUACAACUCCGCUUUGUCCGCCCUGGCCGUGUCGAUCUUUUUCGUGCCACUAGGCGUCCCUUUUGGCCUGCUUGCUUGCGGAGGUGCAAUGGCAUCCACCCUGGCUACGAUUGGCUUCAAGGAAGCACUCGGAAGUGCUAAUCUGCCUCCAAUGACAGAGCAUUGCAAUGCUGCUUGUCUUGCUGAAUUUGAGGCUCUUUCAGAGGCCAAGGGCUUUGAGGAGGUGUGCAGCCAGGGAACCGGGGCCUCCGUGCGAGUGGAGGGCGAGGCCGACGAUUCUGCGGUUGGAAAGCUUCGACGCUUGAUUCGGGCUCGACUUCUGGACGAGGUUGUCGAGUCGCCUGCCAAAGGAAGCAUAGCAUUGAGUUUCUCCGAGAAAUUGCACACCUGCGGCCUAGGCUCUUGCUCAUGCGUGAUUUGUUGCUGGGCCAUGGCGCGGGCCGCCCUCGCUGGCCUAGCCACAGGGGUCCUUGCGGACCACCUGCGGCGUCAUUGGGUUUCUGGGACCGCCAGGUAUACCCGGUGCGAAGCGAGCGACAAGCGCUUUGAGCUGGUGUCAAAGGAGAAAUACCUGGAAUCGAAGCGGGCAGCAUCGACGACAUACUUCCAGGUGCCGGGAGGCAUGAGAUGCUGCGACCUGAAGAUCGGAUCCGGGGAGGAGGUCGCCGAGAAGGGCUGGCUCGUUUGCAUUCACUUCGAAGGAAAGUGGCUCAACGGCAAGGUGAUAGAGUCCUCCUACAAUGCCGGGCCGAGUCCACUAUGCAUUGAGGCCGGGAACUCACCCGAAUUUCCGGCACUCGGCGAAGGGGUGCUGGGCAUGCGCUCAGGAGGGCGACGGGAGCUCAUCAUCCCGCCCAGCAUGAACCGUGCCGGUGUGGAGGAGGUGAUGAUUUACAUAGUCGAAGUGGCGAGUGUUGCGCAGCCAACCUCUGAUGGAACUGUGCAUCAGCACGAGAGACCACCGCAGCAUGCGAACGAGGACAUGUUCUCCAGCGUACCCUGCCCGCAAGACGGGCAUACCCCCAUUAUCACCACGGCAGAUUGCGAGGGAGCUGGUGAGAUGUUCCGCAUCAGUGCUGAGAAGGGAGAGGAGGCGGUUGAAAGCAAGGCGGCAGCGGACGGGGCGGAGUUCUUUGGUCGAGCAGCAUAUCUUACGGUCAGCGGGCAGUUGGCGGUGGAAAACUUCUGCUGCGGGCUGGGUGAUGUUUACACCUUUGGCCCUACUUUCCGCGCUGAGAAUUCCAGCACUACUAGGCAUCUGGCCGAGUUCUGGAUGAUCGAGCCAGAGCUUGCCUUCGCCAACUUGGAGGACGACAUGGACUGCGCGGAAGCUUUCAUCAGGUUCUGUGUGUCCAAUGUCCUGGAGUCUUGCAAGUCUGAUGUCGACUUUUUCAACCUGCGGGUAGACAAGGAGAUCCAGGAGAGGCUGGAGCUGAUUGCUUCCAAGCCCUUUGCCCGCAUGAGCUACACGGAGGCAGUGGAGGUCUUGCAAAAGCACAUCAAAGCCGGGGACGUGAAGUUCGAGUUUGAAGUCGAAUGGGGAAAGGAGCUUCAAACAGAACACGAGAAGUUCCUCACCGACGUGGUGUGCAAAGGUCCCUGCAUCGUCUACAACUACCCCAAGGACUGCAAGGCUUUCUACAUGAGACUCAACGAGGACGGCAAGACGGUGGCUGCCAUGGACCUUCUGUGCCCAGGAAUUGGAGAGCUCGUAGGAGGUUCACAGCGUGAGGAGCGGAUUGAAGUCCUUGACGAUCGAAUCGCCGAGUGGAAGCCCAAGUCCGGCCAAGUGGACAUCCGGCCCUGGUGCGAGCCGCUGGUUGUCUUGCUGUGCCUGAAUGUGUUUCGCGGAGUGACUGCUGGACUUUCCGACAGCUGCGAAGGGCGCUGCGACGUACUCCAGCCUGGUGCCAACUGCCAAUGCAUCAGCUGGUGCCGGCAGAUGGGUGAUUGUUGUCCGGACUACGACAGCUGCCACGAUGCAAGAGCAAGUGCUCUGGAGACCACCGUCCAGUGGCCAAGCCGAGAACGCGAGGAAACCACACCCUCAACAUGGGCACCAGCUACAACAUGGGCACCAGCCACAACGCAGGCACCGGCCACAACAUGGGCACCAGCUACAACAACUGAAGAGGAAACCUUUCUGCAUUACAUGCCUGACACCACGGUGACGACCCUCACCAUCACUUCCACUUUGCCGCCGACAACGACGCCGACUACACUCACAAGCACCACAAUUACAACCAUCACCUCCACUUCCGUUACGACUGUUACGACUACGACAGUGACGACAACCACAGUUACAGUUUCUUCAGUCACAGAGACGACCACGGCCACCAGAACUACAGUGACGGCAACGCGCACCGCGACGAGCACAAGCAUCACCACGACCACUGUGACGACGCUGACCACGACUAUGACCGCGACGUCGACAUCACACACCCGCUCAGCUACUGCCACAUCAACAUCAGAGACCCGCUCAGUGACCGUAACGUCGACAUCGGAAACUGGCUCAGUGACCGCAACGUCGACAACGUACACCGGCUCAGUGACCGUAACAUCGACAUCAACAGCAACCACAUCUACGACUACGGUAUCGACGACGACUUCAUCAACAACUUUAUCUACGACGACAUUGUCAACCACGACAUUUUCAACUACGACAUUUUCAACUACGACGUUGUCAACGACUAAAGUGGCAUCUUCGAUCGGAGCCGGAGCAACUACGGCCAAAACAGUGAAGCCUGCGGCGAAGCCAUCCUCGCAGGUGGCGUCAUUCGCCAACCUUUUGGUCAGUGAGGAGAACUGCCAGAUGGGUCUUGAGGAAACCAAGGUGGAGGUGGAGGUUGGUGGGACCACUCGAAGUGCGCUGUUAUCCCUUCCUUCGGCCGUGUUUGCCGGGAAGCUCCCACUAUGGCUGGUCUUUCAUGGGACCGACGGCCAGGCUACGGACUUUCUGCGUUACUCAGGCCUGGAUGACUUCUCCCGGGCAAAUCAUAUCGCCCUCGUGGUCCCGCAGGCUCUGCCGAACUCCGACUUCUAUGGGCAGUCGCAGUUCAAUGUUGGUCUGCACAGUCAGCGGGAGGAUCGACAGGGGGUCCACGACGUGGAGUUGACCCGAGCUCUGUUGGAACAGGUCAUGCGGCUGCCAUGCAUUGAUGUUCAGCGCAUCCACUGUACUGGCUACUCCAACGGAGCCCGUUUCUGCAUACGGCUGGCAUCGGAACUGCCGGGUCUCAUUGCUUCAGUUGCGCCCAUAUCAGGACUCCGGUACCCGAGCCCGAACAAUGCAAGCAGAGCCAUUCCCAUUCUAGCCUUUCAUGGGGAUGCCGAUCCAGUCAAUCCCUGGGGAGGGCACGGCCUGGGCUAUUGGCAUUCCUCGGUUCCUGCAUCCCUGCAGAGAUGGGCCAGGUUCAAUCGCUGCAGUCUUGCAGACUGGCCUCCAAGCUUCAGAGAGCAUCAAGGUUUCGCCGUGGCUUCGUACGAGGGCUGCCAGGACGAUGCGACUGUUAAGCUUAUCAGACUGCAUGGAGCUGGCCACCAGUGGCCAAGCGCCGCCUUUGAGAUCCCUAACCUGGGCAAGGUGGCAAGGAUUGAUGCGAACCGCCUCAUCUGUGACUUCUUCGACAAGCACCGGCUGCCCGACGAAUGGAGCAUCUUGCAGCUGAAAAUGCAGGCCGCAGGAGCUGUGUCCGUCGAGCAGAGCAGCCCCAGGUUUGGAGCUCUGCUGUGGGCCGGCAUUGCAGCCCUGGGCCCAUUGCUGCUCUGGACCUUGAUGGCUCGGCGCCGCUCCGAAUGCUGCCGUGACACUCCCCGCAGCGAGCUGGGUCCGCUGCUUCUCGCGGACGUCGGGUCGCCAAGUCAUGCUGCGCUGCUGCCGUGA